GAAGCUUAGAGAGCUUUGCUUGGAUGCCUUGUUUUUCUCCUCCUCCUCCUCCCGACUUGCAGAUGAGGGAUGGGCAGGUUGAUUGUGAAGCUGUGAGACGGAGAGGUGGAGAGGUAAAGGGUGAAAGGGCAAAGGGCCUGUUCCCCGGGGGCACCGAGCACGUGCACGGCUUCAGGGCGGGGAAUUAUCUCAGGCAUGGAAGGGGCAGGUCCUGCUCUCCAGCCAGGACGCCGGGAAACCAGCUUCUCCUCCCCCUUUCCCCUCCCCCUCCCUCCUGUCCUCGCCCAGAGGCCGGCUGUCCCGCAGCAACCAGCCGGCGCCCACUUGCCCUGUGCCGGCCACAGCCCGGGACCUGGCAGGCAGGCGGGCAGGAGCGAGAACGGCAGGACCGUGAGCCCCGGCGGACGAGCUGAGUGGCACCUGGGGGACAUGGAGGACAGACCCUCGGAGGCCAACGCCAAUGUGGACACCUCGGCGUCCCCGUCAGUGGCCCAGCUGGCCGGGCGGUUUAGGGAGCAGGCAGCUGCCGCCAAGGAGAUACCAGCCAGUAAACCGGCCAGAAGGAAACCACCCUGCUCCCUCCCCCUGUUCCCCCCCAGGGUAGAGCUGGGCCAGAACGGAGAGGAGAAAUCACCGCCCAACUCGGGCCACUUCCCCAAAGUCAAGGUGAAGAGCUCGCCUCUGAUCGAGAAGCUCCAGGCCAAUUUAGCCUUCGACCCCACCGCCCUGCUGCCGGGGGCCUCGCCCAAGAGUCCGGGACUCAAGGCGGCGGUGUCCCCGUUCCACAGCCCGCCUUCCACUCCCAGCAGCCCCGGCGUGCGGCCGCAGGCCGGUGAGCCGGAGGAGGUGCCCAUCAGCUUCGACCAGCCUCCGGAGGGCAGCCGCCUGCCCUGCUGCAACAAGGUGCGGACAAGGGGCUCCAUCAAAAGGCGCCCACCCUCCCGGCGGUUCCGGAGGUCACAGUCGGACUGUGGGGAGCUGGGAGAUUUCAGGGUGCCGGAGCCGUCCCAGGAGAAUGGUGCCCAGGAAGACGCCGGGGACCAGGUGUUCCUGCCCAAGAGCAAGGCCCCAGGCUCGCCUCCGCCCAGCGAGGGGGUACGGGGGGUCCACGGGAAGCCCCCCCUGAGGAGGACGUCCAGCAGGACGGAGCGGCAGGAGGAGCAGGCCCAGGCCCCAAAGGAGGACCUGCAGCCUGAGAAGGCUCCAGGAGAUGCCAAGGAGGGAGAGGCAGAGCCAUGCCCCACAACCAGCACAGAGGCGGAGAACGGGGCUGGCAGCCCCUCCGAGGAAAGACCAGCCACGGAGCAGGAAGCAUCCACGGCGGAGGUGAAGGAGGAGGGCACCGGUGGUGGGGAGGAGCCCUCACCACCCAGCGCAGGCACGAAGCGGCUAGAGGAGGGGGCCGUGGCGCAGGAGACCCCCCAAAACCCCGCCGGAGGAGUGGAGGGCAGCCUCACCCCAGAGGAGGGGAAAGGCCAGGAAAAGCAGGAGGAGGGCGCCGUCCCAGAGCCCGGCUGCACCCCCACGACUGGCAGUGAGGCCCCCGAGACAGAGAUUUCUGAGCGGUGUUUCCGGAUGAUGAACUUGAGUGGGAAGGAGUGAGCAGGAUGGCGCCUCCGCCUAGCUCUCUAAAGUGGAGAGAUGAGCCCCCUGUGCCUGGUGCGGACGUGGCUGGAGACGUCUCCUUGGAACUGGUGGCCACAGGGGCGGCAGCGAAUGAAGCCACACUGCCCUCAUCCCGCCCCAGGCGAAGACUGGAUGGGAGGGCAGCAGACUUUUAUCAGCUUGAGUUUGUGUUAUUUGAUGGAUUUAGUUAAAAAAAAAAAAAAAAAACUUAUGUAAAACAAUUUACUGUAGUAAAUUGUCCCCAGGGGGCAAUGCCCCAGGGACACCCGUCCCCCUCUGGGGUCCAGAGCUGGCCACACCCGCCAGUCCCUGCGGCUGACCUCGGCCGGGACUCCGAUCUGGCUGGUCAGGUGCUGUGUGAAGGUGCCGCUUUUGUCCCGUCCUGGGGUUUCCCUGUGCUCUAGUGUAAGUGACAGCAAGUUUCCGGCAGCCAGACUGGAAAGGAAGUAGCACUGCAGAGAACACAACCCCUGUGAGCUCCCAAAGGCCUCUCACAGUAAUCGGGGUGACCUACCACGGCCCACAGGCCGCAGGCUGCCCAGGGUGUCUGUGAAUGCGGCCCAACCCCAAAUUGUAAAUGUACUUAACACCUUUUGUUUGUGCAUCGGUUUUCGAAAGUUAGUGUUUCUGUAUUUAAUGUGAGACCCACGACAGCUCUUCUUCUUCCGUGCGGCCCAGAGAUGCCAGAGGGCUGGACACCCCUGCCGGGCUCGCACUGCAGCGGCCCCUGAGACCCCCGUUCAGCAUAGUCCAAGUUCAAACUGGCCGACCGGUUUUUAAGGUGCUGGACUGGGAGAGAGAAUUGCAGAAACAUGAACAAAUGCUGCAUCUGUUCCAGCAGCAGGCGGUUUUCCGGCCCCUCGGUUUCCUGGUGGGUGGCACCCCAGGAGGUGAUGGACUCAGCUCCCCCACUUCUGGGGGGAGCAGGAGGGGCAGGCAGACGGCAGUCCCACCCCCACCCCCAUGGACUCCCAGGGCCAGGCAGGAAGUCAGGCGGUCUCGGCUCUGCUGCACUUCCUCACCCAGGAGGCGGAUGGUAUGGACCGCGCCAGCCCUCGCUGGAUUCAUCCCGGGACUGUGAAGUGCGAGGUCCAGGAGGCGCGGAUCCGAAAUCUCCCUGGAGGUGCUUUGAGUGCAGCUCUGUGCAAACUAAAAACGCCCUCCGCAGCUUCCCUGGGCGGCUGCUCUUGAAGGAACCCCAGGCUCUCCCUCCCGACUUGGGAGGAGUGGGUGGGGGUCUUUGUCCCUUCCCACAGCUUCUCUCUUGCUUUUAUGUUCUGUUGGAGGCGAGGGAGCCUUUGCAAGGCGCGGGGCUGACCACUCAUUUGUGGGCCCAUAGCCGCUCCCCUCUCCCCCACUCCUGCUGAAAGAGGUUCGUCCAAACACGGGGUUCAUCUUUAGGGUCAGGCCUUAAGAGUUCAGGGUCCCCAUGUGCUGACUUGGCAGUCGGCCUGGCGGUUCUUCUGGGGGUCUGUGAGACCCCCAACUCUACUCCAACUUCAGAAAACUGUCUCUCGGGCUGCAAGGCCUUACCUCGCCACUGGUACCUCGAUGUUCUCGUCCCAUUUGCAGUCCUGACUCCAGAGUAGCGUGCAUACAUGGGAUAUAUAGUUUUUCAAAUUUUAAAAACUAUAACACACCUUCUAGAAUGUGUAACCCAGUGAAGACUGAUACUGUAAUAAGCUUUGUAUUUUAUCCGAGUUUCAGAGACACGGAGUGUCAGUUACUUUGAGGUCUGUGUCAUAUCGAUCUGCAAUCCAUCAUCCAUCCAUCCAGCUGUUGACAGAUGUCACCCCCUCACAGUACAAGGUUUUAUUUAUAUACCUCUCUGGGUGGUUCCUGCUCUCGCCCUCGCGGCCGGGCAGGAGUUCUGUGAGUGUGUGCGUGAUCGUGAGUGUGUGCGUGAUCGUGAGUGUGAGAUGAAAAGGAAAGGAAAUGCACUUCCCCGACUCGAAAAAGAAAUGGAACUGAGAGCCUGGGCUAUGGAUGUGAAAAUGAAGUUCUUUUUCCCUCUGGAGGGUCUGUGCCUUAAGCAGCCGAUGGGAGAGGAGCAAUAAACAUGGACAAGAACAUGA